AUGGCUGCAUUAUUGAAUGGUCUCUUCGGAGGCUCCCAGCCAUCUGCAGCUCCUGUUCAAGCUGGAGAUUCUGGUAAGCAUGCACAUCAAUUAGGUUUUGAAGAUGUACUAACUAUAUUUACCAACAGACUUCGCGGAUUUUGCUGGGGCUCCGGAUCCAACUCCAGCUUUCUCCGCAGUCCCCUCCGCUGCUGAGUAUACAGGACCAGCUGCAACUCCUACCGGAGCUGCAAUUCCUUAUACGAAAUGGUACAAUGUUCAUGAGCGACAUUCUCUGAGCGAGUUCAAGCAAGAAGGUAUUAUUUUUGGAGUGUUAAUGAUUAUCAUUUCCAUUCACUUCUUCGGUACAGGCGCGAAUCGCAAGAAGGCGAAGAAAUGGAUGAACGCACAUGCACCAGUCUUACGCACAGAAUUUGCAUUGGUCGGAUUCGGAGGUCGCGCCCCAACAACUGAGGAAAUCGAGAACGAAGAAAGUGCCAGGUCAAUGGUUAAGCAACUCGAAUUGCCUGAAGAUAUGUUGAAGGAAAAGUCCCCACAAGAGUACGCAACUUAUGCCACUGGACGUCAGAAUGUCGCAUUUCUUGAUGUUAACAUCAAGCUUUUGAAGCGUUUUAAUCCUAUCUUACUUGCCAUGGAGUACUGCUUCAGUCUCUUCUUCGACAGUAUGAUCACCCCCGUUGACCGCAUGGAAGCCGUGCUUUAUCCUUUUGAUGGAAGAGAGAAUCUUACUGUUCCUGGUCAAGCUCCUGGCGCGCAUGAAUUGCGCAAAGAUACCAAGAGCAACUAUGAUAACUUUGUUUGGGCUAUUGUAAACAAGGAGACAAUGAAAUCACUUCGUGAUGACAGAUAUGAUGUCUCGAUCACUAGUACUAAGGAUAGUGCUAAACUCCCAAACUGGGCUACUGUUAUGAGUGAGAGUGCUGAGGUUACCGACUUUUUGCUCACCCCUGAGCUUAUCAAGGCCGUUGAAAUGGCUGGAGACUUACUUGAGCAUCUUAUCAUCACGGAUCAGCCAAAUGAUCAACCUAUGAAGUAAGUGCCUCCAAUUUUAAUCUAGAAGCGUCAAAUUACUUACCUUAGUUAUAGACUUGAGGAUACUGUGCCUAAGAAACGCAUCUACCUAUCCAUGAAGCUCCCUUCCAAUGACGAUUACUCUAAAGUCCUUCCUAUCUUUGAACACUUCCUCAGAAUCACGGAUCAACUUGCAUCUAGUGCACACUUCCGUCCGGAAGUCAUGCGUAAAGUACGUCAGACUCGUGAAGAUACAAUCAAGAAACUCCAGAAAGCGGAUGAAGAGGAGAAAGCCGAGGAACGAGCUUUAGAACGUGAGAAGGCCAAGAAAUUGAAGAGGGAUCUUGAACUGAAGGGUCUGGAUGCUAAGGCACAGAAAAAGUACCUCGAAAAGGAAAAGGAAAAGGAGAUGAGAAAGGCUCAAAAGAAACAAACUCAAAGAGGAUAAUUUGUCUAUAUUAUGAUUUAUAUGUUACAUUAAUGUAUACAGGUAUGGCAAAAUGGUGGGUUUGGGCUCGGGGACCGG